AGCUGGCCGUGUAGAAUCGUAGAGUUGAUAAAGCCGCGUAAAGACAUAUUGAAAAUAUUCGAUAUCUCGUUUACCUUUGUUUCAAAGAAAAGUUCAAGGUUUCGAUAAAAGUGAAGUGACAUCGCAGUGUAAUGUGUUAGUGGAAUAACAGUUGCGAUGUGGGAUUUGGUUCCGGUUAGAUGUCGAUGGAUAGAGACAUUGAGGAAGUGCGGAAAGACGUUACUGCGGCGUCAACGAAGGCUACUUAGACGUAUUAAAAAGGUGUACCUACACAGCUGGCGGUCGGCUAGCGAGCUAACUAUGCUCGUUGGCGCUAAAGUUGGCGGCGCGACGCCCCUCGUCAUCGCCUGCAGGAACGGACACUAUGAUGUUGCAGAAUACCUGAUAGAGCGAUGUAAAGCAGACAUAGAACAGCCUGGCUCAGUGACAUUUGACGGCGAGACGAUAGAGGGUGCUCCGCCACUGUGGUGCGCGGCAGCGGCAGGCCAUAUGCCUCUAGUGAGGCUGUUGGUGCGCGCUGGCGCAAACGUCAACUCCACAACACGCACACACAGCACCCCACUACGUGCAGCAUGCUUUGAUGGUCAUUAUGAUAUCGUCAAGUUCCUAGUAGAGAAUGGUGCUGACAUAGAAAUAGCGAAUCGCCACGGCCACACUUGCCUGAUGAUCGCCUGCUACAAGGGCCAUAUUAGAAUCGCCAAGUAUUUACUCUCCCUGAACGCGGAUGUGAACAGAAAGAGUGUGAAGGGUAACACGGCGUUACACGACUGCGCGGAAAGCGGCUCUCUACACAUACUAAAGAUGCUGUUAGGACACGGCGCUACGAUGGAUGUUGAUUCUUACGGUAUGACCCCCCUGCUCGCCGCGUCAGUGACAGGCCACACGCAUAUAGUUGAGCACCUGAUCAGCGCGGAGCAGGGCCUGGUGAGCCGGCAACAGAGGAUAGACGCCCUCGAACUGCUCGGAGCUACGUAUGUGGAUAAGAAACGAGAUAUGGUCGGAGCACUCGCAUUAUGGAAACGAGCUAUGGAUGACAGAUUCCCAGCGGACGGCAGCGAUCCAAUACCAAAGCCGAAGGACAUCCCUCGUAUAGAGGCGUAUGACUACGCGGUGGAGCCGGCCGACGCUCAGCAGCUGGAGGAGAUCCUCGCGGACCCUGACGCGAUGAGGAUGCAGGCUUUAGUCAUUAGAGAACGAAUAUUAGGUCCCGCCCACCCCGACACGUCGUACUACGUGCGGUACCGCGGCGCGGUGUACGCGGACGCGGGGCGGUUCGCGCGCUGCCGCCAGCUGUGGCACCACGCGCUCGACAUGCAGCGCGCCGUGCUGCCGCCGCUGUCGCCGCUCACGCAGUCCAGCCUCUACAGCUUCGCCGAGCUCUUCUCCUACAUGCUGGCGGAGCGCGCGCGCCCGCCGCUCAGAGGCCGUAUAGUCCCGCCGGUAUUAUUCGAGGACAUCGAGCCGGUGUUCAGUAAGACGCUGAGUGAGAUAGAGCGCGGCGGCGUGGUUCGCGCGCUGUUGGAACACGGCGCACACAUUGACACCGUUAACUACGAAGGCGAGACGCCCGAAGAAAUCCUCAAAGCGAGCCAACAGACGCUCUUUUCUAUAGUAAACCCUCUACAUUACACCUCACUUAAAUGCCUCGCAGCACGCACUGUUAAAAACUACAGACUUCCAUACAGACAUGUAGUUCCACAAUGUCUACACUCGACAAUUAUAACACAUUGA